AUGAGAAUGGUGAAGUUGAAGGAUAUGCGUUUAAGCGAGCUGAAGGAGGCGUUGGAGGAAGAAGGUUUAGAUACGACGGACAACAAAGCGCAGUUAGUAUUGCGUCUGUCAGAGCACCUGAAAGCAGACGAAAUCCGCGAGCCGGUAGAUGUGAUCAAUUCACGAAUAGAUAAUAUGGAACGAAUGAUUCAACAACUUGUAAUGGGCAUAGAAAACGUGACACGAAGUAAACCUACGGAAAACGUGAGCGAAAAAAAUGAAAAUCAGAAGACGGAAAUUACAUCCACAGUGGUUAACGAUUUACCACAACAUGGGUCGGUAAAAGAUAUCAGCGAAACGAUACCCGUGUUCGAUCCAACAGAUAAAAAUGGUCUUACGGUUGGACAAUUUAUCAAUCGCGUCGAAAGAUCUCUUAAUGCAUUCCAAUGGAAUGAAAAACAACUAUUGCUAGCCGUUUAUGGAAAGUUAAAAGGAGUAGCGCGGUUGUGGCUGGAUUCUCUACAAGAAUUUGAUAGCGAGUGGAGCAGUUUUUCGAAUAAGUUGCGUGCAGAAUUUGAUGUAAAAUGUGACGAAGCUGACAUUAAUUUUGAAUUGAGUCAAGCGGUACGUAAUGUUAAUGAAGGCAUCAUUGACUAUUGUUUUCGAAUUGCGGCACUUGGCCGACGAUACAAGAUAAGUGAUAGUGCCAUUAUAAAAUAUACUCGCAAUGGACUAAACGACACUAAAUUGCAAGCGGCGAUCGCACCGCUACGGUUUAAUAAUUUAAAAGAUUUUCGCGAAGGUAUUGAGGACUUUCUACGCAAUAUGCAACAUGGAACGAACAAAAUAGCUUUGGCAAAUUCAUCGUCAAAUCCGAUAAUAAAUUCGAGCGUAAGUGUAGACGCAAAUGAAAACUCCGGACAGAAACAGUUUAGAACGGAACCGAAGGUUAGAGCUUGCUUCAAUUGCGGUGAAGCGGGACAUUUUUCGCGCGAAUGUUCAAAGCCACAACGUAGACAACGGUGUAACAAUUGCGGAAGAGUUCACCCAAAAGGUCAGAGUACGCACUGUGGGGAGUCAAGUGUGCGUCGAAUUGAACGCACCAAAGAAUCGAUCAGAGAAGUAUACAUAAAUGGUAGACAAUGUACAGCACUACUUGAUACAGGUAGCCAGUGCAGUCUUAUACGGAAAACAGUAUCGAGAAAUAUUAAUGGUCAAAUUCAGUUAUGUUCCAUGAACAUUUCGGUGUUCGGCGGUGGAAAGGUACGACUAACUGAAGGGGUUAGGGCCCAACUUGCCGUCGACAGUGUACGCCAACUAAUAUAUUUUUAUGUAGUAGACGAUAAAAUGUUGACAACCGAUAUAUUGCUAGGCCAUGAUGUUGUGUCAGAUGAUGUGGUCGUACAAAUUCAGCGCGAUACGUUUACCUUAGAGAAAACGCCAAGACACUUAAUAGUAAGACUAACUACGCGGGACCCUAUAUCAACGAACGAAAUCAAUUGUGGAAGCGAUAACGAUGCAAUACGACGAGAAUUGUGCAAUCUCAUUAAUAGUAAUAGAGACGUAUUCGCCACAAGCUUGAGCGAAAUAGGCAAAACGGGUUUAACGAAAAUGAAAAUUACAUUAACAACCGAUCAACCAAUCGUACAAAAGCCGUAUCGGGUACCAGCACCAAAACGGUCGGUGGUGGCAACAAUGGUAAAUGACCUUUUGGAAAACGGUAUCAUCCAGAAGUCAGAAUCUACUUAUGCCAGCCCUAUUGUUUUAGUCAAGAAAAAGAAUGGCGAAGAUCGCUUAUGCGUUGAUUAUCGGGGUACCAACAACAACACGAUCAAAGAAAUAUUUCCCACCCCAAGUAUCGAAGAACGGCUGCAAUAA